UGCAAAUCUAUCUACUCAAAGUUACCAAAUAAUAUGAGAGUGAUGAUUUAGUUUUUGCAAAACUUUCUCGUGUGAGUUAACACAGAUCAGAUUCUCAAUUCUAAUGGGGUCACAGGUCAAAUCUGUCUGUAUUUUCUUGUAUAAAAUGACAGCCAUUCACGAGCCUCAUAGACGUUUCCACUAAUCAUUAACUCUGAGAGAGAGCUAGUCAAAUAGAGCAAAGGAUAAGCACAGCCAAUAUAGGUACCCCAAAUGCAGCUCUUUUAUGGAGGAGCUUUUGUUCAGAGUUCACAUCAAACGCAUCUCUCUUUCUUAUUUCCUGUCUAUAAGACCUUCUUGAACAACUCACUCAGUAACCCAGAAAGGCUAAAGAAGCAAAGCCCUUCAGUAAAAUGGGUGUAUGCUCAAGCAAAGAUGGGAGUGAGAUUUUUUAUGAUGAUGUUAAAGGAUUGAAAGAAAAGAUAAGGCUACUUAGAGAGGAAGUGAGGGAAGUAAUCACUGAAAUGGAUAAAGAGACUAAAGCACAUGAGAAAGACAUGGUGGUUUUUGCAUUUAAGGAGGCAAGUUGGAAAACAGAGAAAAAGAGACUCAGAGAGGAGGUGAAGAUGUUGAGGAAGAAGGUAAAAGAGAGUUUUACAGAGAUUGAAGAAGGAAAUUUUGGAGAGAAGAUUGCAACAGAAUGGGAAAUGGAGGGAACUCCAAAUACAAUCUUUGAGCAGAUACAACAGGAAAGAGCACGAAGAGAUGAAGCCGUUGAGAAGUGGAAACAACUUUAUCACGCUAUCAAGAUUGAACUUGAUGACCUCAUUCAGAGGACACAUAAUGGAGAUGGAUUACAUUGGGGAGCGACUGAGAGGACGGAAGCACUAAAAACACAAUUACAAGCAAAGGAGGAGACCAUAAAAUCCCUCAAAGAACAAGUAGUUUCAAUGGAGCAAGACAAAUAUAAGAGGAACAGAGAAAUCGACAUACUGAGGCAAAGCUUGAGAAUCAUGACCAGUAAGAAGGAACAGCAGAUAGAAACUUCUCAUAAAUGCGUCUGUAAGUAACUUGCCAAUGAAAUAGGCAUGAAAACAGAAUUCUCAAUACUACAUUAGAAUUAAGAACAAAUAAUGAAAUGCCAAUUGAACUGUUACUAGUUGUAAAUGUGUCCAGGAAGGUUGUGUUACCUUUGCACACCCACCCUUCGUUUCAACCCAAAUGUUGUUAUUCUUAUUAUCAUUACGUUGGCAUGGUCCUAAAGGUUAACAUUUUUUGUUCAA